UGGGGUCCUUCGGGCCAUUGCCGGACAGCCCAGCUCGGGGUCCUGGUGCGGUCGCGUAGCAGCGGCAGGGACGCGGCCAAGCCGCUACCGGAGUGCGGUCGCCUGUUAGUGGACAGUGAUAAGACUCCAAGGCUGGCUCUUGUCUACGGCCAAGAGCUAAUGGCAGGGGACAAAGGCAAGCAUUGCGAGCUGGACCAGGAGAAAUAUGAUGCUCACGACAACGUGAAGAUCAUCUGCCUGGGGGACAGUGCGGUGGGCAAGUCCAAACUCGUGGAGAGGUUUCUCAUGGAUGGAUUUCAGCCACAGCAGCUGUCCACGUAUGCUCUGACCCUGUAUAAGCACACGGCCACAGUAGAUGGCAAGACCAUCCUUGUGGACUUCUGGGAUACAGCAGGCCAGGAGCGGUUCCAGAGCAUGCAUGCCUCCUACUACCACAAGGCUCACGCCUGCAUCAUGGUAUUUGAUGUCCAGAGGAAAAUCACCUAUAAGAACUUGGGUACCUGGUAUGCAGAACUUCGGGAGUUCAGGCCGGAGAUUCCAUGCAUCCUGGUGGCCAAUAAAAUUGAUGCAGACAUACAGAUGACUCAAAAGAACUUCAGUUUUGCCAAGAAGUUCUCCCUGCCCCUGUACUUUGUCUCGGCUGCUGAUGGCACCAAUGUUGUGAAGCUCUUCAAUGAUGCAAUUCGAUUAGCUGUGGCUUACAAGGAAAGUUCCCAGGACUUCAUGGAUGAGGUUUUACAGGAGCUUGAGGGCUUCAGAACUAUACCUGGACAAAUGCAGGGUCAGGCCUCACCUGUGACCUUGUUCACAGAACUUCAAGUUGGAGCAGAAAGAGGAGGAUGAACCAGACCAAGAGCAGAGUAGUGUGAUCAAGAGCCCGUCUCCUUAAUCAAGAGGACACCCACAUGUUGCUGAGUUGGGGUAUUGGAGCCAUUUGGAAUACCCAACAUCUCUGGAGAACCUCUCCAGGCUACUCCUGCUCAACUUCCUACAAACCCAGGGUUCUGUGGUCCAUGAUGAGGUCAACACAAACACACUAGACCGGCGUGAUAUCCCAGUUCCUGCAGCAGAAUGAGGGAUUCAUGUCUUUCACGUCUCCCUACCCCACCAGCAGCCUGGCAGUGUAGACUCUGAACAUUCUCAUGUGUCUUAAUAGACAUUUAAUGUUUGUUGUCUUUCAUCCCAGACUGACCUCAGGGACUCUCCUUGCAUUCCUGCUGACAGAACCACUGCUAACUCCUAACUCCGCUGUGUCCUGCAGAACCUGUGACACCUCUGUCCCCUUUCCCUCUUAACCUCCCAGCCAACUUUUUCAACAAUAUUUUGGACAGACAACUGUUAAUUCCAGAUUUCUUAGUGCUAGCUGUUUCAGGAGCCCUUCUAAGGUGGGUGGAGGGCACAGGAGAGGGGCUCUAUUGCAGUCACGUGACACCACAGCAAGUCUAGCCAUAUCUGGUCAUCUACACACAUUACUGUUCCCACCACGUGAACAACAGCCUCCAUCUCAGGGUAGAAAGCAUUCCUCCACUUCUCCAGAACUAGUUAAACACUGCAUCUUCUAUGGUGGCAGGAAAUGGCAGAGGGAGAGCUGCGCUGCUUCCUGCAGCUUGCUAGUCUACUUUGAUUGUCGUGAGCAUCAUUUGCAUUGUCUUUAUAUUUUGUUUAUAUUGGUUCCUUUUUUACAAUAAAGAUUAAAUUUCAUAAGCA